AAGAAAUGGGGAACUGAUCGCCAAGAACUAAGGAAUUAAUCACCCGGAACUGAGGAACUAAUCACACAAAACUCAGGAAUUAACUACUCUGAACUAAGGAGUCAUUUCUCUUUCUUCUAUGUCGUUACGCUUAUUUAUAUUUAGGUCUACCGUGGAGGGGUCGUCAUGUGACAGGUUAUUCCGUGGGGGUUGUGAGGCUCGAAUUUGGUUUCUAUACAAAUUGUUAAAAUUUAUUUAAAUUUCAAAUUGGAACGCUCACUCGCGCUAUUGGUAGUUUUAGUCUACGUUACGGCGCGUGCGCAGCGCGGGACGUGACAAAUGAUUUUUAUAGAGAAUCUCAAGCUGUAUUAGUGUAUUACAAAAUAUAAUUCCAUUUAAAAAAAUGUCAUCAAACCCAUUUAAAAAAAAUUAAGUUGACCUACACAUUAUCUUUACGUGUCCAUCUAUAAGAAAACUAAUAACAUCAUUUAUAAUAUACAAUACAGCCGAUAUCUUGAUUUAAACUGUUAGUUGAUUCACUCUGUAUAUUGAUUCCUUUUAUGAAUAAUUGACAAAAAUUGUUUAAUAUAUUGUUAUUAUAUUUCUUAUAUCCACGUAUUUCUUUUUAUGAAUAUUUAAAAUAAUAAAAUUAUUACCAUAAUUACACAUUGAAAAUUUGUCACAAAGUUGUCGAAAAUAUAUAGUGGCAACUGUAACGUUUAUUUACAGAUUCUAAUGUAAAAUUAUAAAAUUAAUUAUUUUGAGAUAAUAAACACUUUGUUAAUUUAUUAACUGACUUAUUAAUCUAUUAGUUAAAUCAUUGAAAGUAUAAUAGAAAAAAUAAAUAAAGUAUACAAAGUGAUCGUAAUCUUAUUUUCCUCGUGGAUAUUGAUAUAAAACUCUUAUACUUCCUCUCUCAAUGACCUCUCCUACAUACGAGACGACACAAAGUGACAAUCCGCAACUGUACAAGCCGGCUCCGAUUUGCAAGGAUAAAACCUAUUGCGAAAAUACAUUGUAUUAUCCAACCGAUAUAGUGUCGAGGGAAUUAAGAAAGAAUCCGCAUCUUCGAGAUUACGCUACCGUGGAUGAUGUAGAUUCGUUACCAGGAUACGAGAAUGAACUGGAGGACAAACCACUUUGUUUGUCUACGGAGCAACUUGUAUUUCCUAAAUUAGGAAUAACGAAAAAUUUGGAAUGGAAGUAUAUCGUAAACCAUGAAGACUUGGUGCAAGCUGUACGCAUCGAGACAUGUCUGGAGGAGAGCCAACCAUGCAAAGUGAUCGAUGGUUUCGCCGAAGGAUACUAUACAAAGUGCAAACAGAAGUUCAUAUAUCGCCAACUCUUGUCAUUGACGGACAAUAGUACGAUAACCAACGAUUACUUUGCAUUCCCAGUAAAUUGUUGCUGUCACGUCGAAUUCAAAGUUGACAAAUUUUUACAUUCAUUUAAUUCUCAUAAGAGAUUAAAAUGAUGAGGGCAAAUGGAUGCCAUGUUAAACGUGAUAUCAAGUAUGAAUAUUAUGGAUAUACAUCCUAUACUUAUAUUGCAUUCUCUUAUUACAAAACACGUGUAAUGUACUUUAAUAAACGAAACACGAUGCAUUAAUAGCCAGUGCGAUCACUUAUAAUAAAUACUCGUCUUACUCGAUUCAAUAAAAUUGCCUUUAUGCGACCUGUAUGGCUA